AUGGCAGAUCUUCCGCUCGAGCUGCUCGAAGGAGUGUUCCUCAGGCUGGGUCCAUUGGACCGACUGAGCGCUGCUCGCACAUGCCGGAGAUGGGCAGAGAUCAUGUGCGAGCCGAAAUGGCUUGAAGCUGUCCAGUUCGUGAUUCCAGGACCCGAAGCCAAAGAAGCCGCACUCGCCUUCAGGCAGAGUCCCCGGCAGUACAGAUACCUCUCCGUAACGGGAGGUAAUCUGCAUACGUUCGAUCGGGGAUUCUGGAACGCUGUCAACGAAAAGAUCCGAGAUUUGCGCAUCAUACAAUGCAAAUGGUCCUUUCGGAGACUCUGCGACAUUCUGGGACUAUGCAGGGACAUCGAAUCUCUCCAAUUGUUGACGGAAGAGACCCUCGAGUUGCUGCGCUCCUUGAUGCCGGGACUGGCAUCGAUAUCCCUGACCUCUUCCCUCGAUACCCGCUCCCGGGCGUUCAGCGGAGCUCUUGCCGGACUCUUGAAUUCGGGGCAACGGCUCAUAGAGCUCGAUCUCAAUUUGAGACACCUAUCCGAUGCGGACGUAAUCGGAGUGCUCCGAAAACACUCGGAAAGCGUCGAAUGGCUCAGAUUAGGCGGUUGCCAUUCCCUGCAGCGGGAAACUUACACCGCCAUCGGAGGCUGCCGCAAACUGCGGCGUCUGUCCCUACUAGGGGCUACAAGGUUCGAUGACGCUCACCUCCGACAACUGUCCCUGACCGCCCCUGAUCUGGAACAUCUGAGCAUAGGGGGCUCCUCCUCUAUCUCGAAGACAGGAUUGAACCGAAUCUUCAAAUACGGGAAGUUGAGGCGUCUCGCCCUCGAACACAACCGAAUCGUCGCUAGCUCAUUGACAUCGCUAGGAAACCUUUCGGAUCUGCGGCAUCUCUACCUCGUGGGCGUUUUCUGCGAUGCGAGAGUCUUCCGAGACAUUGCAAGCUUGAAAGAGCUCCAGAGUUUGAUUCUGGCUUCAGGUGCCAUAAGCUCUGGGUGCUUCGGCUUGAUGGUCGGAAACCUCAGCAAAUUAGAGAUGCUCGACGUAGGGAGCUGCGAAGUGCUUACGGACGAGGAUGGAAUCAAGUUCUCUCGUCUGAAGAAGCUCAAGUAUUUGAGGAUCAGGAGAGCCCCCAACUUCACCGCGGCAGCCUUCGAGAGGGGUCUUGGAUCCUCGGCAAUGGCGUCUCUCGCCUUCGAAAAAUGUUCCCUCGACGAUGACGCGCUCGUGAGCAUAGCCGAGCAUCACCCAUCCUUGACAGGGUUCAUGGUUCACGAAUGCGGCAAGAUCGGAGAUCAGGGCUUGAAGAAUUUCUUGCUGCACCAACCGAACCUCAAGGGACUCACAGUGCAUCAUUGUAAGUCUUUGACGAGCCAGAUCGUGUCAGAAAUCGAAAUUUCUUUCCCUCGACUGAGCUACACCGUGGAACUGGGAAUUGAAGAGGAUUGCAUCGUGGAUGUCAUCAAUUGA